AUGGCUAGCCCUCCUGUGCUAGCUUUCGAUGCUGAGGGCCGUCCAGUGAAGUUCGAAACCUGGCUAGAUGACCUACACAUCUUCCUACAGCUCACUGCCAAGGAAGACAUCUCACUGUACGAUCACGCCCUAGGCCAUGCUACUGCUCCUGCUGCUACUGCUGACAGUGCUGCCCGCUCACAGUGGCAGACUCGUGACACCCACGCUCGCUUUGAUAUUUGCAACUCCCUGCCGAUAGAUGAGCACGAGCACUUUGGGCAGCACAAGACUGCACAGGCAUUGUACACUGCUGUCGUUGCCCGCUACUCCUCACCGGCCUCUGCCGCACUAGGCCGUCUCGCUCUUCCCUACCUGUUCCCCGACUUAGCCUCGUUCCACACAGGCGCUGACCUCAUUACGCACCUCCGUACUAGUGAGGCUCGCUUCCGCGCCGCCAUGCCUGAUGAGUUCCUUGCCAAGAACCCACCCCCGCUCAGGCUCACUCUCUACCACCUAGUCACCCGCCUCCCUGACACGCUGCGCUCAGGGUGUUCUCCUUCCCUCCUUCUUCCCUCUAUCGCCUCUGCUGCUGCUGUCGACCUCCUUGGUGCUGAGAAGUUCGGGACUGCGUCUGCUUCGAGCGGGCGCCGCAGCGGCAAGGGCAAAGGGGGCAAGGGCGGUGGCGGUGAUAGCGAGGGAGGCAGUGGUGGGGGAGGUGGUGGCGGUGGGGGUGGUGGCGCGACUGGAAGGGCAGGUGGUAGCGGUGGGGGUGGUGGCGGCAGCGGCGGGGGAGGUGGCCGGGGCAGAGGUGGUGGUGGGGGUGGCGGUGGACGCGGCGGCGGCAGGGGUUGGGGUGGUCGAGGAGGUGGCGGCCGCGGUGGUGGUCGUGGAGGCGCUGGCGGUGGCUAG